AGAGAGAGGUGUAGCUGAGAGAGACAGCCUCUUGGAGCUGUGAGGCAGAAGUGAUGGAUUCAACCCACAGAAAAGUGACAGUCCUCUCUUAACUGGCCACAGGCAAAAUACAACCUGCCUCGGACUCUCACCAUUUAUCAGGGAACUACCUCCACCGCUCAACUAAAGUUACCAGUUAACUCUUGAAAGUGUUCCAACUUUUUCAAGUGGAUUUUGGGGAACAAUCUUCUCAAUGUUUGCCGGAGAGUUUCUGCUGCUGUUGGGCUAAUAAUGAAGGUCUUUCAAUAAGACUUUUUUUAACAGCUACCUCUUCACUGGUGGAAACAGACUCAAGUGACAAAGAGUGAGUAACUAUAGCUGUGCACGCUACAGAAAGGACGCUGGGGUGCAGCUUUCACACUUGGGGAUGAUUCACUACCAGGAGAGACUUCGAUCAUCAUUGGCAGGCGCACAAGGCAACUGAGGGAGCUUCAUCAAUUCUAGCCGACGCUUAUUUCGUUUUGUGAGUUGGACACAAACUCAUGGAGUCCCCUUUGAUGGUCCUGCUGGGGCUCCUCAUUUAUGGACUAGCUUGUGGUGUCCUGCAGAUUCAGGGGAGUCCAUCGGAGAGCAGCCAUGCCAGGGAGAGGACCCAAGUAUUUGAGAGCAGCGAAGAUGAUUUAGAGAGAGAGUUUCUCUACGCUGGGAGGGGCAAGCGUGCUGCCGCUGACCAGCAGCAGGACAAAUGCUCCUAUACGUUUAUUGUGCCUCAGCAAAAAGUGACUGGAGCCAUCUGUGUCAACUCCAAGGAGCCUGAGGCUAUGCCGGAGAACCGGGUCAACAAACAGGAGUUGGAGCUUCUAAACGUGGAACUACAGAAACAAAAGAGGCAGAUCGAGACCCUGCAACAGUUGGUGGAGGUGGACGGAGGAAUCGUCAACGAGGUCAAGCUUCUACGGAAGGAAAGUCGAAACAUGAACUCCAGGGUCACUCAGCUGUACAUGCAGCUGCUCCAUGAGAUCAUCAGAAAGAGAGACAAUGCCCUAGAAUUGGCCCAGAUGGAGAACAAGAUCUUAAACCAAACAUCCGAGAUGCAGCAUCUCACCAGUCGAUACAAAGAUCUUGAUCACAAGUACCAGCAUUUGGCUUCUUUGGCCACGAACCAAACCACUCUCAUUGCCCUGAUGGAGGAACAGUGCCAGACUCGCCCUCAGCCUCGCCGUUCGCCUGUGCCACAGCCGAGGCCUCAACCGCCACCUCCGCCAUCGCCACCUCUUAACAAGCCCUAUCAGCCGCCCGCUCUUCCACGAAUUACAAACCCAAUCAGCAACGAGAUCCAGAGCGACCAAAAGUCCCCGCCUCUUCCAACGAUGCCCACCGGCACACACAGCCCAUCCACCACCGACAAGCCCUCUGGUCCAUUUAAAGAUUGCCUGCAUGCUCUGGAAGACGGCCACACUGGCAGCGGGAUGUACCUGGUGAAGCCAGCAAACGCCAACCGGCUUAUGCAGGUGUGGUGUGACCAGAGACAUGACCCCGGAGGCUGGACCGUGAUCCAAAGGAGGGUGGAUGGCUCCGUCAAUUUUUUCAGGAACUGGGAGACGUACAAGCAAGGUUUUGGCAAUAUCGAUGGAGAGUACUGGCUGGGCCUGGAGAACAUCUACUGGCUGACCAACCAGGCCAACUACAAGCUGCUGGUCACGCUGGAGGACUGGUCUGGCAGGAAGGUGUUCGCCGAGUACGCCAGCUUUAGAGUGGAGCCCGAGGCCGACUUCUACAAGUUAAGGGUGGGCCGCUACCACGGCAACGCCGGCGACUCUCUGACCUGGCAUAACGGAAAACAGUUCACAACACUAGACAGAGACCAUGACGCUUAUACAGGCAAUUGUGCCCACUACCAGAAGGGAGGCUGGUGGUACAACUCUUGCGCGCAUUCAAACUUGAAUGGCGUUUGGUACCGAGGAGGACACUACCGCAGCAGAUACCAAGAUGGAGUCUACUGGGCGGAGUUCAGAGGAGGAGCCUACUCGCUCAAGAAAGUCAUCAUGAUGAUCCGUCCGAACCCAAACACCUUCCACUAAGCGUCCUCUGAACAGACACUGUACUGUAUCUCUCACUAAAAAAACAACAACAACAUGGCAGCAGUGAACAUCUACGCAAACACGAUCUCCUUUGUUUACGCGGCACCAGGCGAAGACAGGCGACAAAGACGGAUCGUGUUGAAAGUGCAAUAUCGAACCAUCAGACUGAAAUUCUGGUACCUUAGUGAUGCUCGGGUCGGGGAUUUUUUAAAACCCACACCUGCCCGACCCGUUAUGAAUGCCAAACUCAACCCACCAAGCCUGACAAUGUACAUGUUAAUUCAAACCCAAAGCCGACCAAGAACUCACACAUUUAGCAAUCCUUGGAAUACUUCACCAAUUAGCCUUUAGCUUUGUAUUAGGGGUAGUAUUUUUGGAAAAUUGUGCUUCCCAACCUCAGUUUCCCCUGAGUCGAGAAAUAUCUUCAUUCUUUUCGUUGUUACAUGCCCACCAGUGACACUUAGUCCUGUUAGCAUAGCCGUUAGCAAAGAUGGCGGACACAGAUUACAUUCUGGGAAUGAGGUCCCGUCCCCCUACGAGUGGGUCUAAAAAGUGCGAAUUAGCCUUGCAGUUUCAAGGCUCGGCCCAAGUGAGCCAACUUUUCAAAAAUACUACCCCUCGACCCCAAUAGAUCACCAUUGUGCCUCAAAUGUAAGUUAACAAGUGGGACAUACAUAUAUACACUGCUUCUGGAGCUGACCAAGAAUAUCAAAGUAUCUAAGUAAGUGACGGCAAUAUUUAAACACAAGAUAUGUAAAGAUCCGGGCCAGGUUCUAUUGGGGCUGCCACCUUUGAAUAGAGUUAUGGAUGUGAAAAGAUCAAAAUGACUCAAUAAACUCUUGUGUUUGGCCAGAAAAUGUAUAUUAUUUAAUUGGAUUAGUGAGAAACCUCUCACUGUAAUUUAGUGGUACAAAGCCAUUUUUAGAGUUUUUCCUAUGGAAAGACUAAGUGCCAAAUUAAAAAGGAAAUGACAACACUUUUAUGGACAUAUGGCAGCCUCUAAUGGAUUAUCUGCCUAAGGAUCUAAGUGAAAUAAUCCAGGUACAAGGUACUUUUCUUUCCAAUUUUCUACUUUAUUUGAAUUGUGCUUAUUCAUUUUCUCCCCGAGCUCAGACCACUACUAAAUGAUGUAUGCUUUGUUGAUAUGUAAAUUCAGAAAAGGAAAUAAAAUCUGAUUAUUAAAAAAUACAAUAAAAAAUACCCCUAUUCUAGUAAUACAAAGCUAAACGCAAAUUGGUGAAGUAUUCCUUUAAGCUUUAAAUAUCUUAUUAUAGAACUGAUCAAGGGGUCUCACUUUGAACACAAUAAACAAUCUAUGCCAAACUAUUUGGAUAAUUGAAUUGGACAAGAAAUGAAUACAUGUAUAUUGUAGAGAAAGAUUUAGAUCUAAACAAAAAGCAGUCCACCCAGAACCCGGCCGACCGCGGGGGACCGCGGGUUUCUGGGUGGACUAGCUCAUCACGACGGUACUUUCUGACAAUUGAACUAAUUUGCACAGUGUCACGCAGUUGCUCUGACCUUCGACUCAGAAAAGACAUGUGCUAUUGCUCUAUUGCUCAGGAGUCUUUUUUUUUUUUUUUUUUUAAAUACACUGUCGAUGAUACAACACAAACCUGCUCUUGUGACAGUGGUUUUAUUUCAUCAGAGUGAGAAAUACAAUGUGAACAGAUUAUAACUCAGUUAAGCAGCUUUGAGCGCGAGAGAGAGUAUGUAUGUAUGCAGAAGUGUUUUUGUUUUUUUUGCUUUUUUUGCCGCGAGCAGCAAAAGAGGUCGACACAGGAAAAAAAAAAAAGUAUCCGGUGAUUUAGUUUCUUCUACGUUCUUCAAAUGUAAGUGAUAGGGAGAGGAUGAGUUGUUGUUGGUCAAUAUUCAGGAUUUUACCUACAAUAAAAUAUACUGUAAAAACAUGGCCAUUUAAAAACAUAUCAUAAAGUCAAAGUGCUGACACCACUAAAUCAUUAUUAGUCAAAAUAUUAGUCAGUUUACAUAAUUUUUUUUCCUUUUUUAAUACUUGUUCCGAACUCUCAAAUGUAGCAGGUAUUUGCCGAUUUGCUUGUGUAAACCAAGCACUGUAUUUACUGUAUAAAUCUAGCAGGUUUGUUGAUGUCAACAGAUCCGGAACAUUGCGUUUGUACAUAAGAUAUUUGUAAUAUAAAGGGUAUUAAAACUUGUUAUGUCAUUAAUAAUUUGCAAUAAAACAUGUACAGCUUG